AUGUCUAAAUUAAUCGAUAAUUGCGAUGAAUUAUUUUAUGAUAAUAAUUUAAUAAGCAAUUCAAAAAGUAAAAUUUAUAACAAAAAUACAUAUACUGUUAAUAAGAAAUUGUUAGGUCUUUACAUUACUCCUGAUGGCAUUUCAAGUACAAAAAAAUCUCGAUAUAUUUAUGGUAAUAUUAAUAGUUUUAAGAAUUUAGUUAGUACUAAUGAAAAAGAAAAAAUAUUAUGUGAAGGUUACGAUAUUAUUCAUAAUCAAUUCAGUGUAAGUUCACAAAAUGUUUUAAUUCACAAAUAUUUUGAUAAACUACUUAAUGGCCCAGUAGUAAUUAUAAAAAAUGAUAAAUCUGAUAUUGAUGUCGAUAUUCAUAAAAAUUUAUCAAAAUUAAGUAAAACACAAAACAGAAAAAUAUUUCGAUGCGAUUCUUGUGAUGAUAUAGUUAUUAGAUCGAAUGAAAUUAAAUUUUCUCAAAAAUGUUAUUUCAUAAAUUGUUCAAAUGAGUGCAAUCAUUUACAUAAAAUAUGUAUAUAUUGUCAUGAUUUUAAAUUGCAUAGUAAUAGAAAUAAUAAUAAUAGAAAAAAUAACAUUAAAUUUCUUUAA